AUGAACAUUUUAGUGAUUUUGCUCACGGUUGCCUGGGCAAUUGCAACCCCACCGCUACAACAAUCACCAUUCAGCCUCGAUUCCAACUUGCCUCCGCUCUACACUUUAAAAUCACAACCAAUCAACCAACUAGGUCUAGAAAACCCCAAACUCAAACAAGAAGCAGGAUUCCUCACAACACCAACCAACGAAAACCUAUUCUACUGGUUUUUUGAAAGUCGCAAUAACCCGCAAGUUGACCCGCUCAUACUAUGGCUCACGGGCGGACCAGGAUGCUCAUCAAGCUACGGCUUGUUCUUCGAGCUUGGUCCCAGCUCAAUCACCACCUCCAAUUCCACCACCACCCCCGGGAAACUCGAACCGCGGUAUAAUCCAUAUUCAUGGAACUCAAACGCCUCGAUUAUAUUUCUUGAUCAACCAACAUACACGGGGUUUUCGCACGGUGGUAUACCUGCACUAAACACCGACGCAGCAGCCGAGCUCAUUUACCACUUUUUGCAAGCAUGGUUUGAGCAAAAUCCAGAUUUCCAAAACCGAGACUUUCACAUUGCGGGCGAGUCCUAUGCUGGUCACUACAUCCCACGCCUAGCCCACGUCAUCACAAAUAAACAACAACAACAACAACAACCGAGAUUCAAAUUGACAUCGGUGUUGAUCGGGAACGGGAUUAUCGAUCCGUUGAUCCAGAUUGGCGCAUACAUCCCCAUGGCAUGCGGCCAAGGUGGAUUUGCGCCCUUGUUGAACGAGUCCGAUUGCGCUGCCAUGGAAGCAAAAUACCACCAGUUCCAAAAAUUUGACCGCGCAUGCUAUUUGUUGCAGGACUGGGCCUCGUGCGUCGUGGCUCGCCAAUUGGGCAAACAAGUGGGCGAACCAUUCAACAAGCUAGGCUUGAACCCCUAUGAUAUCCGCAAGAAUUGCGUCGCCAACACCAGCGACUGCUACGCCGAGUCUCAACCUAUCGACGUGUAUUUGAACCAGCACCAAAUUAAAAAACGCCUCGAUAUACCUCCCGGUGUCGACUUCCAAAUGUGUAGAGACGACGUGGCGAUCCCGUUUGAAAUCUGGGGCGACAAUAUGCGCCCUUCGCAACAGUACGUGCGGCAGCUUUUGCAACUGGAUAUACCGGUGUUGAUAUACUCGGGUGACAAGGACUUUGUCUGUGGAUGGGUUGGAUUACUUCAAGUGUGCAAUGAGUUGCACUAUGGUGAGUUUGCUCAUGCGGAGACACGCCCCUGGCGAAUUGGCGCUGAGGCAGUGGGACAAGUUAAGAAUUUUGACAAGUUGACCUUUGUGCGUGUUUUCGACGCGGGGCAUAUGGUUCCUUUCGACCAGCCUCGCGCUGCGUUGGACUUGGUAAAUCGCUGGAUCGCAGGCGAUUAUGCCUUGCAAUCAGUAGAUGUAUAG